CUCAGACUGCGCAUGUCAAUAAAGACAAACUGGAAGUCCUUUUCUCUCUCUCUCUGGAAGAAGAACGGAGGAGGACGCAUGGAGUCUACGUGCGCUCUCACCAAGAUUACUUUUAUGACAAAUACUUGUUGAAAUCCCCGUUUAUUCAACCGUUGGAUGGGGAUUAAUGGUUCCAGACAUGCAUACGGGCUUAUUUUUUGCACUCAAGGUUGUCUUUUAGGGAUCGAUGGUGCUGGAUGCAUUACUGUGGUACCGAGACUUGGACUGGCAGGGUGCUGAAGAUGCUGUAGGAGGAUCAUCUAGUCUUUUGAUUUGAUUGGCUAGCAUGUGGACUGGAGACUCUGAAGAAGUAAAUCUUGCCCCGUGGUGAGUUUCCUCCUGAGGGCCAAACCUGAUGUAUUGAUGGCCCAGUAUGUGGAGUAUGAAGAGCUAUCUCAACCCUAUGGUUUGUUGGACCUGCAGUAGAUGAGUGUCUUAUGUGAGUCUGACGAUGAAGAUCUACACUCCACAGAUCCUGAGGGUAAGGACAAGAGCAAAGACAAGAAGAUACUGUGCAAAGUCAAAUGGUCUUGUGACGAGGAUGAGAGGCUGAAGAAGUUAGUGGAGCAGCAUGGAACAGACUCCUGGAAAUUAGUAGCUAAUAAUUUCCCAGGGAGGACAGAUGGCCAGUGUCAGCACCGCUGGCAGAAGGUGCUCAACCCAGAGCUGGUGAAAGGACCCUGGACAAAAGAGGAGGAUCAGAAGGUGAUCGACCUGGUGCACAAAUAUGGCCCCAAGCGCUGGUCGGUGAUCGCUAAGCACCUGCAGGGACGCAUCGGAAAGCAAUGUCGUGAGCGCUGGCACAACCACCUGAACCCUGAAGUAAAGAAGUCCUCCUGGACCCAGGAGGAGGACUGCAUCAUCUACCAGGCCCACAAACGCCUGGGCAACCGCUGGGCUGAGAUCUCCAAGCUGCUGCCUGGAAGUACGGUGAUGGCUCCAACUGGUGGUGCCAUAUUGCUUACAGCUACAUUAUUGGUAAAAGGGUUGGGCCUAGGGCACAAGGUUUGUUCAGACCAGUCUAAAAUGUCAUGUCACGCUUAUAGGACGGACAAUUCCAUUAAGAACCACUGGAACUCCACCAUGAGGAGGAAGGUAGAGCAUGAGGGGUAUCUUCAGGAGGGCUGCAGGGGAUUUGGCUUUGACCAUGGGGGGGUGAAGAGAAGUCACCACAGACCCUGUGUCCCCCAACCAGACACCCCCCACCAUGGGCACAGCCCUCUGGGCAUGGAAGGACCAACACAGCUCAGGGGUUACCCUUAUAGCCCUCACUGUGGCCAACUGAUGGACAGCCUCCAAGACUCCUCCAGCUACUUAUCGCCGUCCUGCCAUGACGACCCAGACAAAGAGCAGAGAAUUAAGGAGCUUGAGCUUCUGCUUAUGUCAGCAGAGACUGAGGUCCGGAGACAGGCCCAGUACCGAGGCCCAUGUAAUGUGGAGCGUUACUCCAGCUGGGCAGACAGCGUGUCAGACGACACCAUGACCACCAGCAGCAGCAGUCUGGAGGAUCAGGCUGAGGGAAGCUGGAGGGGGGCAAAGGAGGGCCGGGGCCCCCCGAUGGAGCAGGCUGAGGAGGGCUGGAGGGGCCCAGAGGAGGGCCGGGGCCCCCCGAUGGAGCAGGCUGAGGAGGGCUGGAGGGGCCCAGAGGAGGGCCGAGGGCUCCAGGUCCAGCACCACGUCUCCCCCAGUAAGUUCCUGUCUGUGGAGGCUAAUUCCGUGCUCUCCACCUUGCAGACCAUCCCAGAGUUCGCAGAGUCCAUGGAGCUCAUCGACUCGAUGUGUCUGGCUCUACAGGACCCUAUGACGUGGAGCGAGGCGUCCAGCUUCGACAUGUCUGAGGCGACUACCCCCCCGAAACAAACACAAGGGUGCUACGCACCCCAGGGGAGAGCCACAGAGGGGAUGAGGUACGCAGUUGACCACCCCAACGGCAUCUCCACCAAGCACUGUGCCCCCAUGGGUCAGGGGAAGGCCUCCCCCCACACCCCGAACAACAUGCCCAGAUCGAGUUUGCCUACCCUGGGGAGGAGGAAGAGGGGGGACCAGUCCCCUGAUAGGAGUUGCCCAUCCUUCUUAGACUCACUCAGCACCAACUCGCCCAAGAACACCCCCACGAAAGCACUGCCCUUCUCCCCCUCCCAGUUCUUCAACACAUCAGGAGGAGAGCAUCUGAACCUGGACAAUCCAGCUCUGACCUCCACCCCGGUCUGUGACCAGAAGUGUCUCCUCAACACACCCUUCCAGAGGGAGACCACGCCCAAACACCAGAAAGAGAAUGUGGGUUUCAGGACCCCUAAGAUCCGUAAGUCCAUCAUGGUUCCGACUCCCAGAACUCCUACUCCGUUUAAGAAUGCCCUGGCCGCCCAGGAGAAGAUGCAUGGGCCACUAAAGAUGGUGCCCCAGUCCCUGGCCUUCCUGGAGGAAGACCUCAGGGAGGUGCUGAAGCAGGAGAUUGGAUCAGACAUCUUCACCAGGGAACUACAACCACAUUUCAUGACAUGGAAACAUGAUGUGGAUGGGCCAGCCAAGAAAGUGCGUAAGUCCCUGGUGCUGGACUCCUGGGGGAAAGACUGUCUUAACGUCCAGCUAUUCCAGGAACAGCGCAAUAAUGCACAGGUCCCAGAGGAGAGUCUCCUGACCAGCUCCUUACUGAUGACCCCCUUCCCUGAGAGAGACAGAGAGGAGCACCCCUGCACCCCCUCGUCUGGGAGGGAGGGGUCCUGUGCCCCCCUGCUCCACCUCCCCAGCCCCCGCAAGAGGAAGAACCCCCCUUCGGUCAGAAUGUCCCACCACGAUUCACUUAGACAGGUAAAAAGCGAGUGGGAAGCAGUGGUUUAUGGGAAGACUGAGGACCAGCGGAUCAUGACAGAGCAGGCCCGGCAGUAUCUGGGUAGUACCUACCCAUCCUCCGCCUGCACCUCGAGGGCCCUCGUCCUCUGAGGCCUAUGUCACCACACACUACACCCGUCCGGCAGAGUUGCUAUGUAAACCACGCUCCUUCUCCUAACGACUCUUAGCAUACUUACACAAUCUGGUGUAGGCAACUCAAAUCAUUUUGAAAGUUGUGUAUUGAUAAGAUCCCUAAGUGAACACUCAAGUGUACCACAGAAUACUUAUAUAAUAAUUUUUUUCUCAGUCACACUACCCAAGAACCUUGACGUCCUUGAUUUGAGUUUUUGUAGCCAUAAAUUCCUUGGUUUGUCUUUUGAAUACACACAAGCCUAGCCAUGUAACAGGUACAGAUAAGAAAUACUAGAUUUUCUGCACUAUAAUGUGUUCAAACGGAACAACCUGCACAUACAGUAAGUAGUAAGCUGUAGAAAUAGACUGAUUAUUACUAGCAGUGGCUGAGUCUCAUAUUGUUCAUAUAUUGUUUAAAUAAAAAAUGAAAAAAAUCUGUUUUAUGAUGUAAUAUUACACGUAUAUGUAUAUUUUCUAACUUGUUUGUAGAACUACCCUGUACUGCUACACCUGUUGUUUUCAAGUCUUAGGAGAGAGACAGAGCGCUGUCUGUAUGGCACUACUGAGUUGGGGUUGGCUGCAGAGAAGCGAUCAGUGUUGAGGAGGUAACUGGUUAGCACUUGUGAUGUGACUGUAUUGUUCCAAGGCCAUACUUUCCUUUAGCAGUCUCAAGUUGAGACAUUUGUUGAAUGUAUUUCAUAGCGUGAAACUGCGAAGAAACUCCAAAUGGAAGGGUACUUUUCCCCCCGUAUUUUAUUUAUUAUCUGUAUUCUAAAACGUAGAUAUUAAUAUAAGUGUAAAUUGAACACAAUCUUCCUAAAGCCUUUCCCUGCCCCUAAGAUUUGAUCUGUCAGUUCUACUUCUUACCUUCUAUCGAUCUAGGUUGUGAUUGGGGAAGGGUACACUGAUCCAAAAUCAGAAUCCAGUUGUCAUGUUUGCUACUGACCAAUAGUGCUCAGUGUGCUAAAACGACCAUGUUUAGUUGAGGGGAUCCUCCUGUUCGCAUGAAGGCUGUAUGUUCUAUUUAUUCAAUGUUUACUCAUUUAUUUAUUUAAAUACAAAGAUAAAUGAUAAAAUAAUUAUAUUUUCUUCUUAUCAGAAAAGGAUUGGGCUACCUUUCACCUAAUCUCUCCAAAUGAGACAUAACAAGCAAACAUGCACUGCCACUAAUUCCUUUUUAUUCACUAAUUAUUUUAACUAUCAGAUUGAGUUAAUUAUCAUUCGUAUAGUGACAUCACUGAGUUGUUAUUGAUAGAACAGUUUCCCCUGGAAUCAGUUUGUUUUUUUUGUAGCAGGACCCAGUCUCUAAUCAUAGACAAAUUGCACUUUGCUCAUUGUUUUAAGUGUUGUUUCGUUCAUUUGUUUGAGAGCAUUGCUCGUUUUAUGUGUGUGUUUUGUUAAUUUUUUUCAAAUCCAAUGCCGUUAGAUGAAUGUCUCACUACAUGUGACGAUUGAACAUUGACCUAAAUAGGUAUAGAUGGAGCUGCUUGAUGUAUGUUUUUGCAUGGCAUGUAAAGAUUGAGCUUUUUGUAAAGAUGGAAAUAUUGUAAAGAUUAAGCUUUUUUUUAUAUAUUUUUUAGAUCAAUUGUUUAUCAGUAAUAAUCACAAGUACAGGACAAUAUAAGAUUUUCAACAGACAAUAAAAUAUAAUUUUUUUGUUGUAUGUCUUCAUGUGACAAUGCAGUUUUCUAUAGCUCUGAUUGGUUACCUCUGUAAUAAAAGGGUGCAGCAGAGUAUCUAUAUUCCCUGUGGUGAUGGUUGGUGUCAUUCGUUCCAACAGUCUUCCAACUGUUUAGAAUCUGGAUUAUAAUCUGGAUUAUCUAGCAUUAAGUGUGUUUGAGAAUAAAAAGGGAAUCUCUUCGGGAGAGUUCACAUGGAAAGAUAAUGUAUGUUCACCCUCUCUGAGCUCCACAGAGCUUCAGUCUCUGAUCUUUCUUAUUUUCCAUCAUCGGCUACACUAAAUGUGUAUGUUCUGUUGGUUGGUUUGACUUCAGUAUGUUUGGUUUGUAACAUGUUUGUAUGUUAAUACUUGGACAUCUAACCCUAUUUAUGAGGGAAUUAAAUACAUUUAUAGUAGUUGUUAUAAUCAUGCAUGAACAACAAGCAAUACGCUGGACCUUUCCAGUACCAUGUUUGUACAGUAAUCACAGACGUAACACUUGUCUUGUUUUCUGCUGUAAUCGUAACCAGGCAACACAAUUCCUGCCAACUGCAAAUGGAACCAUGUACUUAAUAUGGAAUAGUAAUAAAAUGUUAUUACAUUGCA